AUGGUUCGCCUCUACCGCACACCAUGUGCGCUCCUCGCCCUCUUCAUGGCGGCCGCACAUGCCAAAUUCGCGCGAGUACGAGUCUACCCAUUUACAUCUGACGACUGUAACGGGGCGCCGAUAGCCGGUAACUUUGACACCAACAUGGACCAAUGUCUGCCGCUGCACUACGGCGCCAUGAGCAUCCGGCUCAUGGAAGUCAAAUUCGGCGAGUGGUCCACGGAGCUGAAAAAGGGCCCGACCGGUUGCUACUGGUACGGGUAUACCGAGAACGGGUGUUUCGAGCGGUACAUGGAUGUCAUUGUCGACCCUGGAGAUGUUAUCGGUAAAUGCAUUACGGCUAAUGAUCCGAGCCGCCCGUUCCACUCCAUGUCGUAUAGUUGCAUUCGGCCGCUGGAUGCGCCGCCGAAUGAUGAGCGUGACCUGGAGGCUUUGUCCGGUAGGAAUUAUACCGCUGUUGAAGGCCAGGCCCGCGAACAGACGAGCCCUGCGAGGGUAGUCACGAGGGGAUUGUCGCCUUAUUUGAACGGAACGGCUCACUCGGUGAACACGACGAGCACCGACAAUGCACCAGCGAAGGAGGUGACACCUCUCAUGAACGAGACAAGCACUGAAACGGUAGUCGAGGAAGUGACUCUCUCCCUCAACAAGACGAGCCCCGGCAAGGCUUUUGAGAAAGAACCGGCUCCUCCCAUGGACAAGACGACUACUGAAAAGGUCGCCGAGGUCGCUACCUUCUUCGUGGAGCACAUGCAUAACCAGUCUUCUGAACAGGUCGGAGAACCUGAGAAGAGCCAGGCGGUCCACCUCAACGAGACAAGCCACGGCAAGGUGUUUGAUAACGCAACAAGCACCUACACCAACAAGACGAGCAAUGCUGAGCUCGACUCGGACUCAGACUCUGAUUCCGACUCUGACGACGAAGACGAGACGGACGAACACGGAAACAGGCUGGAGAAGCGAAUCGACUGGUGGAAAGGCCCGCACCGCGGCGCCUGGAUGCUGCACCCGUGGACCGGCAGCAUGAUCUGCUACAUGUGCUUCAGCAAGAAGGACCAUCUCCUGCACGACUUUGAGUGCCGCUUCGGGUACAAGUUCCCUAUUGACUGCGGCCCCAGGCCCGACGCCCCCGUCUACACCAAGACAUUCACCGUCCAGCCCAUCAUCACCAUGGUGCCGGGCCCCGAAGGGUCUCGUGUCGUGAAGCGCUCGUGGCACAAGCGCGUCCUGUUCAACAACCCGUGGUACCCCGAGCUCACCGUGUGCGGCAAGGCACAUUGGGAGUACAAAGGCCAGCCGCGCAGCGAAGUGCGUCUUUCCGAUAACAAGCGCAAGAUGGACAAGUGCAACCGCAACGUCGACGCCGAGAACAUUGCCAUUUACGGCACCACCGCCACCGUGUCGGCGCCCACACAGACCGUCAGUCUGGUGGGCCAUACUACGCCCCGCAGCGCAAACGAAGAACAUGUAAACGUCUACGCGGAGCCCACGCCCGUAGCCUCGACGCUGAAAACCACCGUUACGCCUGCUGCCGCCGUUGCUGCGCCGCCGCCAUCCAGCGUGACCAAGGAGCCCGACACCUUCACCCUCGAGCGCACCAGCACCUCGAUAUUCCAGUACUCGGAUGCCUGGAAUCCCGCGAGCCUCUUCACGCUUACCGUGCCCAUGCCCCAGAUCACCACCGUCGCGAAGCCGACGCUGACGACGCUUGUGCUGCCGCAGACGAGCCUGCGCCCGGAACCCGAGACGGACAUCAUGACCUUUAUUGUUACCAGCACGAGAUGGCCCAAGUCGAGGAAGUACUGA